AUGUCGGGGAUCACAGUGAAUUCGGAUUGUGGAGAAUGUUCACCCCCUUCGCAUGAGCCUUGCACCACGGAAUUACACCCAUACUCUAGCAUCGAUGACGACGAUGAACUGCUGAAGUAUAUCUGGAGGGAAUAUUUGCAUCCCAAGCAAUAUGAGUGGGUUCUUAUUGUAGGAUACAUACUUGUUUUUUUUGUUUCUCUCCUUGGAAACACACUAGUUUGUUUUGCAGUGUGGAAAAACCAUCACAUGCGCACAGUGACCAACUGUUUCAUUGUGAAUCUCUCCUUUGCUGAUGUCCUGGUCACCAUCACCUGUCUCCCGGCAAGUCUUGUGGUAGACAUUACAGAAACAUGGUUCUUUGGAAACACUCUUUGUAAAAUACUGCCUUACUUACAGACAAUCUCCGUAUCUGUGUCAGUCUUGACUCUGAGCUGCAUUGCUCUCGACCGCUGGUACGCAAUCUGCCACCCGCUGAUGUUCAAAAGCACGGCCAGGCGCGCCCGCAAGAGUAUCCUCCUCAUCUGGGGGGUUUCCUGUGUCAUCAUGAUCCCCCAGGCCAUCGUGAUGGAGUGCAGCAGCCUGCUCCCUGAGCUCACCAACAAAACCAGCCUUUUCACUGUGUGUGAAGAGCGCUGGGGAGCUGAUGUCUACCCCAAGGUGUAUCACACCUGCUUCUUCAUCGUCACAUACUUCGCUCCCCUCUGUCUGAUGGUUCUGGCAUACAUCCAGAUAUGUCAUAAACUGUGGUGUCAACAGAUUCCUGGGACGUCAUCUGUGCUACAGAGGAAGCGGACGUCCCUCCAGGGUUCCACUUAUCCUCCAGGACCUGGAGAGUCAGCCAGGGUCCGGACCAGCACAGUGUCCGCUGAGAUCAAACAGGUCCGGGCCCGCAGGAAGACAGCCCGCAUGCUGAUGGUGGUCCUCUUUGUCUUUGCCCUCUGCUACCUGCCCAUCAGCGUACUCAACAUCAUGAAAAGAGUGUUUGGGACGUUUAAGUACACAAACAGCAGAGAGACUGUAUACGCCUGGUUCACGUUCUCACAUUGGCUGAUAUAUGCCAACAGUGCUGCAAAUCCAAUCAUCUAUAACUUUUUAAGUGGGAAGUUUCGAGCGGAAUUCAAAGCAGCAUUUUCCUGUCGCUCUUUUGGCCGAUGUCAGAACCAAACAGAGGGCAUACGGACAAGAAUAAACACUGACAGCCGUAAAUCCUUGUCCACUCAAGUCAACAACAUGGACAAUGUCUCACGGAUAUCUGACCAUGUGGUUUAA